CACAACUCUCCCCCCCCCCACCCCAAGCUGGGCUCAAUCUAUUAGCCUGCGGUUUAACAGCCGCAAGAGCUUUUUUCACUCCAUCAUUCACCAUGGCUCUGCGAGUGAACAUCCCACCGGCGACCCGAAUCUGCCUUAUUAGUCUCUUAACCCUCUCCUUGCUGUACAACAUCGCCCGAUGGCGCCAAAUUGACACCACGGGGGGCACACCGACCUUCACCCCCAUCGUACCCUACCUCACCCUAGUGCCUUCCUAUAUCAUUUACUAUCCGUGGACUCUGGUUACUGCGACAUUUGUGGAGCAGAACAUAUUUACCGUUCUUUUGAACGCCGCCACCCUUUUCUACGGCGGCAAGUACCUGGAGCGCGCAUGGGGCUCCCGCGAGUUUGCCAAAUUCAUUCUCACGAUCGCGGUGAUCCCCAAUGUGGUCACCGUGCCCAUCUAUCUCCUAGGCACUGCGCUGAGCAGCAGUAGCACCGGCAGCGGCGUCACCCAGAUUUGCGGUGGCAUCUCGAUCCAAGCGUCCUUCCUUGUCGCCUUCAAGCAGCUUGUCCCCGAACACACCGUCACCAUCUUCAAGGGCUUGGUGAAGAUGCGGGUCAAGCACUUCCCCGCCCUCUUCCUCCUCCUGAACACGAUUAGCGGUCUUGUGGUCGGCACCCGGGUCGCCGCACUCCUCUCCUGGCUCGGACUCGUGACGAGUUGGACUUACCUGCGCUUCUGCAAGCGCCAGCCCGACCUGACCGGUACUUCAACCGACGGCUUAGGCAUUAAGGGCGACGCCAGCGAGACCUUCGCCUUCGCCUGCCUGUUCCCCGACCUCCUCCAGCCGCCCAUCGCGUUUAUCUCCGACCAGGUCUAUGCAGUUAUGGUCGCGCUGAAGAUCUGCACGCCCUUCUCCGAAGAGGAUAUCGCCUCCGGCAAUCAGCAGGUUCUCGCCCGUGGUGAAGCCGGUCUUCCCAGCCUUCUGUCGAACCAGCGAGGGGGAAGAGCCAUGGCCAAGCGGGAGGAGGCUGAGCGACGACGCGCUCUGGCUCUCAAGGCCCUGGACCAGAGGCUGCAAGCCGCAGCAGCAGCGAGAGCAGUCCCGACGACUCUGAACCAGCCCGGCGCUGCCGCUCAUAAUCAGACGCCGACCCCGACAGUAGCAGCUGGCCAGGCGAUGCUGGGCGAAAUCAGCUAUACUCCGGAUCACGCAUGAUGCAGAACAUUCCCUGCACUUCUUACUUCUCAUGCUUCCGGAGAUAUUCUUCAAAGGACAUCAUCGUUGUGCUGUAGAAGGCUGGUCACGGCUAUCGAUCCC